UGCGCAGAGCCACAUGAAGCCUGCUGGGGAGCGGGGACCAGGGUGCACCAAGCCGGCGGGGACCGAGGAGGACGCUGUCUCAGAGAGGCACUGACUCCCAAGUCUUCUCCGGGGUCCCUAGUCAUCCUGAAUUUCCAGAAUGGUGUUCCUGAAGUUCCUCUGGAUGGGUUUCUUCUGCCACCUGUGUAGAGGAUACUUUGAUGGUCCCCUCUACCCAGAAAUGUCCAAUGGGACUCUACACCACUACUUUGUGCCCGAUGGGGACUAUGAAGAGAACGAUGACCCCGAGAAGUGCCAGCUACUUUUCAGGGUGAGUGACCGCCGGCGCUGCUCCCAGGGGGAAGGGGGCCAGGCCAGCAGCUUGCUGAGCCUCACCCUCCGAGAGGAGUUCACCGUGCUGGGCCGCCAGGUGGAGGACGCUGGGCGCGUCCUGGAGGGCAUCAGUAAGAGCAUCUCUUACGACCUGGACGGGGAGGAGAGCUAUGGCAAGUACCUGCGGCGGGAGUCCCACCAGAUCGGGGAUGCCUAUUCCAACUCCGACAAGUCCCUCACCGAGCUGGAAAGCAAGUUCAAGCAAGGCCAGGAGCAGGAUAGCCGGCAGGAGAGCAGGCUCAAUGAGGACUUCCUGGGGAUGCUGGUCCACACCAGGUCCCUGCUGAAGGAAACGCUGGACAUUUCUGUGGGGCUCAGGGACAAAUACGAGCUGCUGGCCCUAACCAUCCGGAGCCACGGGACAAGGCUAGGUCGGCUGAAAAAUGAUUAUCUUAAAGUAUAG